UGCACCCUUCAAUCUGCCUCUCCAUUUUACAACAUUUCUCUUCUCAUGAAAACCCUUUUCGCUUUGCCCAUCUUUUUUUCUCUCUCUCAUGUCGAUCUAACAAAUUAACCUUCUUUUAAGGUUCUUCUCGCGAUCUAUGCAAAAAAAUUUAUACAUUUUUAUUUUAUAGAAGAAUUUAAGUACUCGAAUUUCAGAUAUUGUUCAAUUCGAAUUUCAAAAAGUAAUAAUAUUGUAUGUAGAUAAAUGUGUUGAUAGACGAAGAAUGAAAGAUGGGUCGUGUUAAACUGGAGAUAAAGAGAAUAGAGAACACUACAAAUCGACAAGUUACAUUUUCAAAACGUAGAAAUGGACUCAUUAAGAAAGCUUAUGAACUUUCUAUCCUUUGCGAUAUUGAUAUUGCCCUUAUCAUGUUCUCUCCUUCUGGUCGUCUUAGCCAUUUCUCUGGCAGAAAAAGAAUUGAGGAUGUGUUUGCUCGUUAUGUUAAUCUCCCAGACCAAGAAAGAGAACAUGCUUUAUAUCCUGAACGCAGCAGGAAUCCUGAUUUUCAAAACAAAGAGUAUUUGCUAAGGACCUUACAUCAACUUAAGAGUGAAAACGAUAUUGCUCUUCAGCUUGCCAAUCCGACAGCCAUUAACUCCGAUGUUGAGGAGCUCCAACAAGAAGUUACUAGUUUACAACAACAAAUCCAGAUUGCAGAGGAACAAAUAAGAAUAUAUGAGCCCGACCCACUAAAAUUACCGUCAUUAGGGGAGCUAGAAUCCUGUGAGAAAAAUCUUGUCGACACCUUGACGCGUGUUAUGCAAAGAAAGGAAUUUUUAUUGAGUAACCACCUGUCUUAUGAUCCAUCUAGCAUGCAGGGCAUUCCAAACUCUUUCGAAAACGAUGUUAUUGGAUGGUUGCCUGACGGUAGUCAAAACCAUGCCCAAAUGUUGCCUACUCCUGCUCCUCAAAUCUUUGAUACCUCUGCCUCUUUGAAUAACUUAAGAGAUAUAUCAUCAACAAUGUAUGAUCCACUGUUGCAAGGAAGCAGCUCAAAUGGAGAGACACAUAGAAUGAGAGAAUGCCAUGUCACAAACCCUAACGAUGGUAAUUUCUCGCCUUGGCCUCAGCUGUAUACCUCCACUGGCCUCAAUUCCACCGCUAUCUCAUCCUCUUUAUACCCUCAUCAACUUCAGCACGGAAUGGUGGGACCAAACAUUCCAGAUAUGAUGCCACGUGAGCAAAUGGAAAUCCCAAUGGAUGCCGAACAUGUACAUAUGGAGAAUGUAGCUGCAAAUUAUGAGAAUAAUAAAGUUCCUCGACUUAACGGCUAAUAAUAAGAAUUAAAAUUAAAAUUAGAAAAAAAUAAUUAAAAAAAAAAAAAACAAAUGAAGGAAAUUUCACGUUCCUUUUAGUUCCUCACUUGCUGUGCUGAUUUACUUUUAUGUAAUUCUAUUUUUCUUUCCUUAAUCUUUUGUAUAUGAUGAAUUGGUAAUAGCUAUAUACGUAUAGUUAUCAAAUAAAUAAAUAAAUAUUACUCUUUUGAAGAGUAUCAAUCUGCAUGCAUUCAUGGCAAUGGGCCCUUUUGUUUUCCUUAUGGUAAGAACGCAAUCAGAUUGUGUUUCAUAAUACAAUAUCGGAUAAGAAGAAGCUCUUCUUCUUGAUAUUUACACAGAGCUACCGUAUGGCUGAAGGCCAUUAACAUUCCCCUUCCACAGCCAAGAAUCCUCAAAAUAUAGUAAUCCAAACUAUAUUAGUUAACCUUUUACUAUUUUGCAUAGAAAUAUUUGCUCAAGUAUUCCUUUUCUUCAUUGAUUUUUUUUUU